AUGUACUUGCAGACUUGCGUGGCCCUCACGAACAUCCACGUUCGGUUCAAUCCAUUGCGGAACGUGGACGGUGAGGGCUACAAUCAGUACAAGAACCGGCUGCUCUCCAUUGGAAGCAAGAUGAAGUCCAAGAACGCUUCGUCCAAGGCGAACACUGGCUACACCAGUGACGACUACGACGUUGGUUACGAAGAGGGAGACGAUAUCUUUGAUUAA